GGAUUAGCAGACCAGAGAAGGAUUAGCAGACCAGAGAAGGAUUAGCAGGCAGAAGUGAGGGGAGACUCAGUGAGAACUGCAACAGUAUGAGACAGCCAGAUGUAUACACUGCUGGCAGAUGAAAAUGACAGAGAAGUCCCACAAAAAGAGACCCUGAACACUGCAAAGACUACAGCUAGCACAACUCCAGUGAAGCUGCUUCAAAAAUGAACCACUGUGUGCAUAAUUAUGGGAAUGACACCAUUCUGAGUUCCCAGGUUUCCCGGCUCUCUGGUGCAAUAUUCCUGGGUCUGGCCGCCUCCUUGGGAUUACCUGGAAACGCUUUCAUCAUCUGGAGCAUUUUAUGGAAAAUGAAAGGCCGAGAGAAGUCUGUGACAUGCAUUCUUAUCCUUAACUUGGCAGUGGCUGACGGAACAGUCCUUCUGCUCACUCCAUUUUUUAUAAUGUUUUUGUCCCAGCAGAGUUGGAUAUUUGGUAGGGGUGUCUGUAAGGUGGCCUAUUACCUCUGCUGCCUUAAUAUGUAUGCAAGUAUUUUUAUCAUUGCUUUAAUGAGCAUGGAUCGGUUCCUAGCAGUCUUCCGCCCAUACAUGGCUCAAUCUCUCCGCAAAAGGGAAACAGUAACCAAGGUUCUCUUAGCCAUAUGGCUCCUCGCAGGGGCCUUGGCCAUUCCAGCAUUUGCCUUCAGAGAAGUGAUUGAAAAUCGAGAGAUGAAUGCCAAGAUUUGUGAGCCUUGCCAUGCCAGCCGUGGAGAGGCUAUUUUCCACUACUCCUUUGAAACAUUGGUAGCUUUCCUGCUUCCUUUUCCUAUGGUAUGUUUAAGCUAUAUGCUGGUUUUAAUCAAGCUGAAAUCAAGCCGCUUUGGACAAAGGUCACGGAUUGAGAAAUUAAUUGCUGCCAUUUUGGUGAUAUUUGCCAUACUUUGGCUUCCCUACCAUGUGGUCAAUGCAAUGCAGGUGACUGCCCAUCUGACUUCAGGAAGUAUAUCCGAGAAACUGGCAAAAGCUGUUAAAAGGAGCAGAGCCGGGGCUACUGCUUUAGCCUUCUUCAGUGCCUGUGUAAACCCCCUACUCUACGCCUUUGCGGCUUCAGACCUUUUCAGAGUAUUUGGGGUGGGCUUUGUAGCUAAACUCUUGGAGGGGACUGUGGCAGAAAUCCAAAAAAGGGUCAAAUCCCAACGGGAUCUUGUAAAGGGCCUUGUUAGGGCCAGAAGUCGGGGAGAAUCGGUAGACAUUGGGGUGAAAAAUGGAGUAAAAUUAGAACCUUUGAAUGAACUGUAACCAUGCAUAAAACUCACAGACAUUAAAUAUUUAAGCAAUUAAGAGAACAACAUUGGGGGUCAUUCCGAGUUGAUCGCUCGCUGACGGUUUUUGCAGCGCAGCGAUCAGGUGAAAAAUCUGCAUUCCUGCGCAUGCGCGUCGUACGGGUACAAAGCCCGUUGUGGUUGUGCACAGGUUGUAGCAAAGUUUUCAGUCGCACUGACGGCCGCAAGAAGAUUGACAGGAAGGGGGCAUUUCUGGGUGUCAACUGACCGUUUUCAGGGAGUGUUUGCAAAAAUGCAGGCGUGUCUGAAAAAAUGCAGGCGUGGCUGGGCGUUCGCAGGGCGAGUGCAUGACGUCAAAUCUGGACACGAAUAGGCUGAAAUGAUCGCAAGCGCUGAGUAGGUUCAGAGCUACAGAAACUGUUUUUCCAGAGCUCAGCUGCACAAGCAUUCGCACUUCUGCUAAGCUAAAAUACACUCCCCAGUGGGCGGCGCCAUAGCGUUUGCACGGCUGCUAAAACUAGCUAGCGAGCGAUCAACUCGGAAUGACCCCCAUUGUACAGAUGUCUAAUGGGUCAAUAUAAAAAAAAAUUUUUGCCAUAGAGUACCAGAGAAAUGUUACCAUGGGCGGAAUAAUUAAAAAAAGUUUUAUUCAUCAUAGUAGUAGCAGAAACAAUCAAAUACCUUGGAUUAUAUAACAAUAAAAUUGUUGAACACUAGCAGAAAACUUUAAGCAUGAAAUAAGCAACACAUACAAGCAGUAAUGACACAUUAAUGGAACGUUACCUAUUACCUGUGUUAGUCAUGUCUAUUUCUUUUGUACAUACAGAUGUACAGUAGCUUAAGCCAUAACACUGUGUAUCAAUGUCGCAUGUGACUGUAAACUGAUGACUGAAGUAAACUGAUAAGGAUUAAGAUAAUAAGGGCCUAAUUCAGACCUGAUUACUGUUGUGUGAAUUUGCACAGCGGCUGAGUAUCAAACCACUGCGCAUGCGUACAGAUCAUAAUACGCAGGCUCGAGGCCAAACUGCAAAAAAAUCCAGAGGGGUUUUUUUUUAUCACUGGGCAUACGCAGGUUGAUUGACAGGAAGUGGACAUUUGGGGGUGGUAACUGCCCGUUUUCUGUUAGUGUCAGGAAAAACGCAGGCGUAGGUCAUGGGCUACGCAACAACUGGAAAAAUCAUUAGAUGGUGAGUAAGUUGCGAACGAGUUUGCAGAUGUCCGCUGUCUGGUGAAGUUUUCGCACGGCAUACGCAUGUAUUCGCACACUUGCAUGGGGCAGGUUUUCACUCUCUAUUGGCGGAAGCUAUCUGAUGGCAGCCCUCUGCAAAAUCGUGGAGGAUCAAUCAGGUCUGAAUUCGGCCUUAUACCAUGACAGAGCUAUAUUGUUUACUAAGCAGAAAGUAAGCCUCGGAUGUGAUGUAAAGUAUGUACAAACCAGAUA